GGUAGCUGCCUGGAAACUCUAGAAAAAGGAAAACCACUAGUCAUAGUAAUAAAUGAAAAGCUGAUGAACAACCAUCAGCUUGAACUGGCAAAACAACUCCACAGAGAUGGGCACGUCCUCUACUGUAAUUGCAGCACUCUUGUGGAGACACUGCAGUCGAUGGACUUGUCAACUUUGAAACCAUUCCCUCCUGGUCAGCCAGAAAAGUUUGCUUUGUUCUUGGAUAAAGUUUUCUCUGCAGCCACGGGCACACCAAGCCAUGAAGCUGGACGGAGCUCGCUGAGCAAGGGCCCCCUUCUCUUCCCCGGGCAGGUCCGGGAGGAGGCGGCCUCUGCAGGCCCUUACCGCCGAGAGCCGGGGGGGGGCCGGCGGGGAACCCCGCAGCGGGAGAGCGGGAACGCUCUGUGGGGUCUUGGCGGGCACCUUAAAAUGGCUGCUGCGGGCGGCACCUCACCGGAGGGGGGCACGCUGUUUUCAUCUCAAAUUCAUCACGUGGAAAUUAGGAAAGCUUGCGUCUUGUUCAUGAGGCAACACCAGCAUAAGUUUGAGUCUUAUGUGGAAGGAUCAUUUGAGAAAUACCUUGAACGACUGGGAGAUCCAAAGGAGAGUGCUGGCCAGCUGGAAAUGAGUGCUUUAUCAGUGAUGUACAAGCGAGACUUUAUUCUGUAUCGGUACCCUGGAAAGCCACCCACUUAUGCUACAGACAAUGGCUUUGAAGACAAGAUUUUACUGUGUUGUUCCGGCAACGGCCAUUAUGACUCUGUGUAUGCAAAACAAUUCCAGGAAAAUGCUGCUAUUUGCCAGGCUGUAUUAUAUGAGAUCCUGUACAAAGAUGUGUUUGGCAUGGAUGAGGAAGAAUUAAGGUCUGCAGUUGAGGUGUUUCGAAGUGGAUCCAAGAAGAACAGAAACAGUGGCUCUGCAGGGAUUGAGGAUGCAAACUUUGAUUGUCUUCGUGAAAAAGUAUCCAGAAAUCCAUCAGAAAAGAGAGUGGACGACUGGGAAGGCAAUGAUACUGACAAUCCACAGGAAGAUAAGUUCAAACAAAGCAUUGAAGAAGAAAAGCCUCCAGAAAAUCCAUCAAAGAUGCCAGUUCCUUAUAAAGUGCUAAAGGCACUGGACCCUGAGAUCUAUCGAAAUGUGGAGUUUGAUGUUUGGCUGGACAGCAGAAAAGAGCUUCAAAAAACUGACUACAUGGUGUUUGCUGGGAGACAGUACUAUUUAGGAGACAAGUGUCAGGUGCGUCUGGAGCCUGGAGGUAAAUAUUACAAUGCUCAUAUCCAGGAAGUCGGACAGGAUGGCAACACGUUGACUGUAUUCGUUGAGGAGCUGGCAGAAAAGCAUACGGUUCCUUUGGCAAACUUAAAACCAGUGACACAAGUGGCGCCUGUCCUUGCUUGGAAUAUGGUUCCCAGCCGAAAAGGAGGAACCUAUCAGAAAAUAACAGGUGGAUACUUCUCAGGAAUAGAAAUGGAUAUGAAAACACGGAAGCGAAUGCUUAAGAAAGUUCGUGGAAAGGAAGUCUUUAUGACUGUGGCUUAUAGCAGGGGUCAGCCAGUUCUUCCACCUCGACUACAGCACAGUGUUCCUCUGGGACGCUCUCCUCCAAUUCACUGCUCACAGGGUGGUGGAAACAUGGCACCUUACGAACACUAUCAUCCUCAAAAUCCUUCUCAGAGACAUAACCGUGGAUUUGGGAUGCCAAG